AUGGAUGAUGAUCUAUGUGGACAUUUUGUUAUUUUGAGGAAUUAUUUCCCCGAUGAAUUAGGUAAAACCCCAGGACACGAAUUUCAUCAAAAUAAGAAUAUUAAUAAAUACUGCCCUAUUGGAGUUUCAGGAAAUAAUGAAUGCAAUACUGAUCUCGAUAAAAUUAAGGCUGUACUUUUAUGGUUAUUUGAACGAAAUUGUUCUAAAUUCAAAAAGGCAUAUUCUGAUGAAAAUCAAAUUAAUCCAAUUUUUCUAUAUAUUGUUUUAUGGUUAAGUUACAAAUUAAAUCAAAACUCAGACCACUAUUUCACCAAAAUAAAUGAUUUUUAUAUUGAAUAUGUAAAUGGUGAUCAACAGUAUAAUAGUCUUAUAAAUGAUGCCAAUAAAUGUACAAAUCUUAAGGAAAUCAUAGAUAAAACAAAUUAUUUGUUGAAUAUUAAUAUUGAAGAUAUGUCUAAUUUUUACGAUGCAUUCAAAUUAUUAUGUAACGUGCAUGAUAAAGUUUCAACAAAUGCAUAUGACAACACAUUGUUAAAUAAUGCUAUUCAUUUUUUUAACAAAUAUGCAGAGAUCAACGAUUAUUAUAAUAUCGAAAAUACCCCAUAUAGUAAAAUAUUGUCUACUUUAUCAACUGAUUAUAAUAAAUUAAAAAAUAAAUGUGCUAGCAUAGAUAAUAAUCCUAUACAAUUCCCAAGUCUUCCAACAGGAAGAGCAACAAAAUCAUUUUUACGAAAUUCAUCUAUUAAAAUUUCAUUAAUCCCAAUGACAUUUAUUUUUUUUGCAUUAAUCAUCUAUUUAGGAAUUUUGUAUAAGCGUUCAUCAUUUGACUUUCGGAAAAGGCUUCAAAAAAUCAAUUUAAGAAUCAAAAAAAUAAAGAGGAAAAUAAAUCAUUAA